AUGCCCAUCGACAUGACGCUGCCCGUCUACCUGUCCAAGGAGGACUUCGUCUACUCGCCGCCUCCAUCAUGUCCGCCUGCUCUCAGCUCUUCGUUCUGCGUCGAGCCGUCGGACGGCAGAUCCAACAGGAAAACCAAGAAGCAGGUGACGUUUGCCGACAGCCGAGGUUUGUCUCUGACCAGAGUGAAGGUCUUCUCCGAGUUCAGCGACCCCAUCGACAUCCCUCUGAGCGUCCAGCCGGCGCUGAGCUCGGCUCUGUCAGCCGAGCAGGACCGACUGGAGCUGGACUUCAGCCAGCCGUCCUCCGACUACCUGCUGUUCCGCCAGCGGCUGGACGGCGGCCUGGUCUGCCUGGAACACUGCGUGCUGAAGGAACGGACCUUUGCGGGAACCGUCAAAGUCAAAAACGUGUCCUUCAAGAAGUCGGUGAAGCUGCGCGUGACCUUCGACUCGUGGAGGAGCCACGUGGACGUGGACUGCAGGUACGUGAAGGACUCGUACCCGAGCUCGUACAGCGACACCUUCUCCUUCGAGGUGGCGCUGCCGGCAGAGCUGCAGCUGCACGAGCGCGUCGAGUUCGCCGUCCGCUACGAGGUGGACGGCCGCGAGUACUGGGACAGUAACCACGGCAACAACUACCGCAUCGUGUGGGCGUCGCUGAGGAGCCGCCAGGACCGCCGCUCCGACUCCUGCGACUUCGGGAUUCACUUCGACCGCUACGGCAGCCCCACGUGUUCGCACGGCGUCUUCCCCGACUGGCCGAGCUACGCCGGGUACGAGAACAUCGGACCGUACUACUGA